AUGACUGCGAAGACAAACACGAUGCCAAUCAUUGGCAAACUGCACUGUUCGUCGUCUCAGACGGUGCAUGUGGUGAGGAAGAGGCCACACGUCGUGAAUGGCGGGGGUUUUGUAGUCAUGGAUUCUAGUGCCCAGAGGGUUGUGUUCAGGGUCGAUGGUUGUGGUGUUCGUGGCAAAAAGGGAGAGUUGAUCCUAAGAGAAGGAGACGGAGACGCUUUGCUCCUCAUGCGUCGGAAGGGAGGCAUGGUUGAGGCCUUGAGCAUUUACAAGAAGUGGAAAGGUUACAGUUUAGACUACGAAGGGUCACGGAAGCUGGUUUUCAGCUUGACAGAACCCAAUUCUUGUUUGGUUAAGAACAAGGCAAUCAGAAUCUCCACUAGAAACAGCGGCUGUGACUUUAAGAUCAAUGGCUAUUUUCCGGACAAGUGUUGUAGCAUUAUUGACUCUAAAGGCAACGAGGUAGCACAGGUGAGGGUGAUGAAGGAAGUGGAGGAAUUCAUGGUAAACAAGGAUUUGUAUCACGUGGUGGUGGAACCGGGGAUGGAUCAAGCUUUUGUUUUUGGAGUCAUAGCUAUUCUUGAUUACAUUUAUGGGGAAUCCACCCACUGCUAA